CAGAAUUCAAGUCUGUCACUUUCAAAAUCGAAUGUUAUGAAAUCAUUUUUUCGGUGAAAUUCCUAAAUUAUCAUGUCUCUUUUAAAUCAGAAUAAAGUGCAAAAUAAAAUUGGGACAAGAACUGUUAAGGAAAGUACGGAUUUCUCGAAAAUUGGGGGACUCAGUAAUCAUUUAAAAACUUUAAGAGACAUAUUUAUAGUUCCCUUACUGCAUGGGAAUGUCUUCGAAUAUUUCAAUAUAAGGGCGCCUAGAGGGGUGUUGUUUUAUGGACCACCAGGAACCGGUAAGACUUUGGUGGCUGGAGCCUUAGCGACCGAAUUGAAUAGAGAAGGUGUAGGAAAAGUUAACUUUUUUCAAAGAAAAGGAGCCGAUGUCUUGGACAAAUGGGUUGGGGAAUCGGAGAAAAAGUUACGCGAACUUUUUGAAAAGGCGAGUAAAUGUCGACCAUCGAUAAUAUUUUUCGAUGAGAUAGAUGGUUUGGCUCCGACGAGGUCACAAAAAAACGACCACAUCCACAGCAGUAUCGUUGCCACUUUGCUUGCCUUAAUGGACGGUCUGGACAACAAACCGGGAGUUAUCGUGAUAGGAGCCACCAACAGGAUUGAAACCAUCGAUCCAGCUUUGCGAAGACCCGGGAGAUUUGACCGCGAACUCUAUUUUCCUCUUCCUACGUUGGAAGCUAGGAAAGAAAUUAUACAGGUCCACACCCUGAGCUGGAAGUGUAAACCAAAUAUUCAAUUUUUAACUCACAUAGCUGAAGCUACAUCAGGAUUUAAUGGUUCGGAUUUGGCAGCUUUGUGUUCAGAAGCUGUGUUAUGCUGCAUGAAACGCGUUUACCCUAACAUAGAAAAUUUGGGAAAUAAAGUCAAGAUAGAGUUGGAUAGUUUAAAGGUUGAAGAGUGCGACUUUAUGGACGCCCGACAAUCUCUCUUGCCAUGUUCCAUUAAAAUGGGCUCAAAAAUGAGAUGUUUAAACUCGGUAAUUAGGCCACUUCUCCAAAGGCAACUAGACAACAUUAUUGGACGCGUGAAAUUUCUCUGGCCACAUUUCCUGGACGAGCAUUAUAAAUAUGUCAUAGGAGAGUACAGAUACGCAGGACGAAUACUUUUAUAUGGCACAAACAACGAAGGAUUGUCAACACAUUUAAUACCAGCUUUGCUGCACCAUUUCGAGCACCUUCCCGUUCAUAUUUUGGAUUUGCAAUCGUUUGGAGAUAAAGAUCUAGCCCUGCAAAAUAAUUUCCCAUCUCUUUUGGUUUUAUCGAGAGUUGAUGAAUGGUGGUCGUUUCUUGAGGAAUCUGAUCAAAUCAGUUUCAUAGCUUCAAUGGAGGAUUUACAUGCCGGUUUGCCUAUUUUAACCAUAGCCACUUUCAAAAGUAAAAUUCCUCCAAAGUUACACGAAGUUUUCCACAACAGUAGUAACAUUGGAUUGAAAAUUGAGCAUCCAAAUUUUGUAGAAAAGGAAAAAUUCUUUACUCCGCUAUUCUUCGAUUCCAACAUUGUUAGUUUGUCCACAGUUUUAGAUCGACAUUACAUGAUGGAACCCAAGCCAAUCAAAAGGUUAUCUUUCGAUAUGAACUCGAGACUUUCUAGAAAAAGUUCGCGAAACAAAACACGGCAAAUCCAACCGAAUGUUGUGGCUGGUGAUUUUCUACUCAAAAUAUAUAAUACUUUGUCUAACUGUCUAAACUUUAAAGGAAAAAGAAAAAGGGAAUUUUCCGAUAACGAGGCGAUGGUCAGCAAACGCAUCAAACUGUGCGAAAACAUGUUUGCGGGUAUCAAACCGAACGCUCAAUAUUUUAGAUCGAGUCUUGAACACGAAAUUAAAAAAGAGCAAAUAGAACACUGUUCUUCAUCGACAAUUAAUCAAAACAGGAAAAAUAAGGAACAAUUCACCAUACUUUUAAACGAGCUUUUGUAUCACAGAUCCAAAGAGCCCUUACAGCCUUCCGAGAUAAGUGUCGUACCAGUUUCCUCCUUGGAGUCGAUUGCAUGUGUACCGAUUAAAGCGGAGCCCAAUAUUCGGGAAGAAUAUGAACCUAAUGAUGAGAAUAUGAAAAAAGUCUAUAGUUUAUGGAAAAGGGCUUCGAGAGUUACAUCAAUGAAUAUGACUGUUUCAGAACUUGAAUUAUUGUACGAUGUUCUUUUAGCAUGUAUUAAUAUGUACAAAUAUUCAUUUUCUAUUUUAAUUUUGAAAGUUGAAGAUAUUCUAUACAAGGUGGAAAAUAGAUAAAUUUAAAUAUGAAAAUUAGUCGUCAUUUUUGAUUCAGAAAAUUACAAAAAUAUAAAUUAUUGUGAAUCGUCUUGUCCUGGGGAUUUUGUCCA